UUUCUUCCUCUAGCAUGAGCGUCAGUCUUGGCUCGGCCCGGGAGCUGUGCGCACAGGGGUGUCAGUUAUGGAGCUGUAGGAGCGCUGCGGAGCUCUCGCCCUUCGCAAGAUCACAUUCACUCUGCUGUAGACUCACAGAGAGCGUUCGCACGGGGCCAGCGCCACCCCGACUGAUUUACGCUGGAUUUAACGGCGCGCCACGGAACUUUGAAGCGGCUUUUCUGGACGUGGAGUUAAGAGUGUAAUGAAACGAGAAGACAUAUUUACACUUUAAACACCGGAGACGGUCGUGAAAGCGAUCUGUAAAGUGCUUCAGAAGCUUUUGAAGGAACCGGAGCGCGCAACAUUUCUACGCGCGUUUGGACAGAUCCGCAUCUGUCUUUACGCGUGCUCUCUGCUGUUUCUGACUCGCUUCUGCUGUUUUUUAGUCCCGUUAGGAUAGAAAUCAAAAGCUGGUAUAAGGCAUGGUAUAACCCACGGGCUGACAGACACUAGUUCAAUCCUCACUGGUGCGCGUGGAUCUCAUUCCUCAUCCAGAAAGACACCAUGAGCUCAGCGAAUACUCAUCUGACAUUUCAGCUAGAUCUGAGCGGCAACUGAGAGUUCCUACAUACUCCAAAUACUAAAAGAGGAGAAACGUGUCCAGUGUUUGAGAACUGAGGUGUGGAGUGGAUGUGGACUAUGACAGAAUGAGUCCUCUAACACACCUUUUACUCUGUGGAUUAGUAUACUUUAACCAAGUGGAUGGAUCCCGUCUACGGCAGGAAGAUUCUCCACCUCGGAUCGUAGAACACCCCUCUGAUCUGAUUGUUUCCAAGGGCGAACCAGCCACCCUAAACUGCAAGGCGGAGGGGCGACCCACCCCUACCGUAGAGUGGUACAAGGAUGGAGAACGAGUUGAAACCGAUAAAGAUGACCCUCGAUCCCACCGCAUGCUCCUGCCCAGCGGCUCGCUCUUCUUCCUGCGUAUCGUACAUGGCCGUCGAAGCAAACCUGACGAGGGGGCGUACGUUUGUGUGGCACGCAAUUACUUGGGGGAAGCAGUCAGUCGAAACGCCUCACUGGAAGUAGCAUAAGCUGUGGAAUCUGGCUGAAAAACUCCCGCUCUGU